UGCUACUGUCACCCCAUGACGUAAUACGCUGAGCAGCGCACUAUUAAAAGUUGUUGGAAUGGUUAUUCUUUUGAUCUAUCACCAGCUUUCCAUCAUCAUGAAGUACUCAUUUCUUGAUUAUGUGAUUGGUCAAUGGUCGGCGUUACCCCUAGUGGAGACGGCUGAUCUAUCUGGGAAAACGGUUCUCGUUGUUGGCGCAAAUGUAGGCAUUGGACUGGAGGCAUCGAAACACUUCGCUCGUAUGCAACCAGCGCGGUUGAUAAUCGCCUGCCGCAGUGAGGCAAAGGGAAAGGCCGCUUUGGCUGAAAUCGAACAAGAGACCGGAUACAAUGGAUGCGAGCUCUGGAUAGUCGACCUUGCUAAAUUUGCAUCGGUGACUGCAUUCGCUGACAAAUUUGAGAAGGAGGGGGGUGAUUUGCACAUUCUGGUCAUGAAUGCAGCGAUUGCACUACCCAUUUACCAACCCACCAGUGAUGGCUGGGAGACCGUGUUGGUCUAUUUGAUUUUUUGUGCGCGGAGUUAUGACUCAUAUUUACGCUUCAGGCUACAAGUCAAUUAUCUUGCAACGUCAUUACUUUCGUUGCUCCUCAUUCCGCAACUAGUUGCUGCGGGGAGAAAGUCUUCAACACCUUCACGGAUGGUAAUUGUGUCCAGUGGUGUCCUCUACUGGAUUACACCCGCGGAAGAGGUCAAAACCUCCUCGAAACCACUUAAAACACUAGGAAGCGAAGAUUGGUGUAUCCCCGAGCACAUGCGAUCCCGGUAUCCUGAGUCAAAGUUGUUGAACCUCUUCUUUGUUCGUGCCUUGACGGACAGGUUGCAAACCAUCACACCACUCAGUGCGGUAGCCGUGACCCCAGGAUUCUGUUAUUCACAACUACGGCGCGUCUGGUACGAGAAACCGACCUUUUCAUUUGCCAAAAUAGCGCUCGCUAUUCAGGAGCGUCUCCUGGCGUGGACGCCCGAACAAGGUAGCCGUCAGCUUGUAUUUGGUGCGGUGGGCGGACGAGACAAUGAAGAGAAUAUGAAAGGAGGGUUCGUAAGCAGCCAUGGUCGCCUCGUAGAGGUCGCCGAUUUCGUGCUGAGUGACGAGGGUCGUAAAAUGCAGGACACUGUUUGGAAAGAGACGAUAGACAUUCUGAGGGGCGUUUCUGACAAGAUUGCUCCAAUAGUCCAGGACUAUCUGGUAGUACCUGACUCGUCCAUAAACUGACAUGUAUAUGUGAUGUAUCUCUUUGUAUUAACUUGUUCUCUGUACUUGACGUUCUCGACUGGUCUCGCUAAUGUGUCUUGACCGUGAUUUGUUUGUCU